AUGGAAAGCAUGCAUGACUUGGAAACUCUAACUCUUGAUAACUUAUCGGUUUCGGAGAUUCGCGCCGACCACUUUUUGUCGUCUGUCGAUUCAGUUUCCAUCGAUAGUAUAUCGACAUCUCAUCACGCAGAUGUUUCUUACAACGACAUGCCCGAGUUUCGCGAUAAAUUAAUUAUCAGGGAAAAGUCGUUCCGUCAACAAUUCGCGAAUUUAUAUUUUGUGAGACUGGUGGAAAUGAGACCUGUCGUGUUGAUGGCAGCGCAAAAAAGAUGGAAUGUUACAUCACAGGAAAGAACGACCGAUGAACCUCAUGCAAUAAAACAUGUCGAUAGAAUUUUAGAUGUAAAAUCCGGAGAGACCUGUUAUGUUAUCGGGACCGUUUACAUGGAUAUGCAAUUUAAACCAAAUAUCCUUGAUGACGUAACCAAAGAACAUUGGGAUAUUGCUCCAUCACCUCGUUCAAAGUAUUGCAGUGAUGAUGAUAAGGUUUUUCUAGAAGAUGAAUCAGGAAGGAUUAUAUUAACUGGAGAAAAAUUGAAACAAGAAAUCAUCGUCACGGGCGUGAUAAUGGCAGUUCUGGGAAAGGAAAAUGCAGAAGGAGAGUUCGAGGUGUAUGAUGUGUGUUUCGCCGGACUUCCAAAUCAGGCAAAGUCGAUUCAAAAAUCUAUAGAUGAUGACAAAUAUAUUGCCCUUAUAUGUGGAUUGAAAGUAGGAGAAAAUGCAUCCGCAUUACCGUUGCAAAUGAUGAUAGAAUACCUCACAGGUGAAAUCGGAAGUUUAUCGGAACAGAAUUUUUCAUCGAAAAUAGCACGGAUAAUAAUUGCAGGCAACAGUUUACCCGAAGUUAAAAUAAUGGAUGAUGACAGAAAGCAGAAAAAAUAUGGAUAUGAUGGUUCUAUGUAUAAUGCAGAGUUGUGUUUGGAAUUGGAUGAUAUUAUUGAUGAGUUGUGCUCGACAGUUCCUGUUGAUUUAAUGCCAGGAAACAAUGAUCCAACUAAUUCAUCUUUGCCACAACAACCCAUAAUACCUAACCUCUUGCCCAAAGCGAACCAACAUUCAACCUUUCACAGUGUAACAAAUCCUUACUGGUGUGAAUUGGAUGGUGUUGUAUUCCUCGGUACGUCCGGUCAAACAAUCGAUGACAUAUAUAAAUAUGUUAGCAGCGAAGAUAGGCUCAAAUUCGCGGAGCGAACGUUACAUUGGAGGCAUAUUGCCCCUACGGCGCCGGAUACGCUUUGGUGCUAUCCUUUCCAAGACGUUGAUCCUUUUAUCAUGUCACAAGCGCCUCAUAUAUAUUUUAUCUCCAAUCAGAAGGAGUUCGCCACAAGUACUAUUGAGGGGCCAGAUAAGCAACGUACAAGAAUAAUUUUAUUACCAUCUUUUGCCGAGACUGGAGUUGUUGUUUUAGUUAACCUGAAAAAUUUAAAAUGCCAUCCUAUAUUCUUCUCUUCUCUGAAUUAA